AACUCUGUUGCUCGCCAUGCAUGUAUCGAUAGCAUCGAUUGCAGACGCCAAAGCAUAUGCAAUUUGUGAAUUUCAAAAACCAAUUGAGAGGAAUUAAACUUAAAUGUCUGCGGAUAAAGAAGAUAAAUGGGACGAUAGCCUAUUGAUCAAGGCGUACGAUGACUCGGUAAGCCUAACCCGGGAAACGUUGGCUCAUCGCAUUGCGGACUCGACAAACCGCCGUGAGGAAAGUGAGGAAGAAGAAAAACACGACAUGGAACUUUUGGAGGAAACUCCUCCGUCAUUCAAAGUGGGCGACUUUGCACGCGCCACAUACACAGAUGGACUGGAUUACGAGGGAACUAUUGUGUCCAUUGAUGAGAAGGAAGCCAGCUGUGUGCUGCGCUAUGUGGGCUAUGAGAACGAGCAGGAGAUUCUAUUAUCCGAUCUGUUGCCAUCCUGGGGUAGCAAGGCGCGUCGCGAACAGGUGGAACAAUCCGCAAAUCAGCCAGAUGUGGAGGAUGCACCACAGGCACAACGUUCCAAGACCUUCAAGAAGUCCACUGUGGCUAAAGGAAAACAGGCGUCGUCUUCGGGUUCCCGCCUGAGCGGAUUGGCCAUGCCGCCAAUGCCUCUGGUGCCGCCCAUGUUCAGUCCAUCCGGUGGCAUGGAUGCCGAGCCGGAUCAGGACUUUGUUGCCAUGCUGACAGCCUGGUACAUGUCCGGAUAUUAUACGGGUCUAUAUCAGGGCAAAAAGGAGAGCAGCGCCAAGAAGAAGACAGCCAAGAAGUAAUUUCAAUUUUAAUUAUCUCCAAAAGAGAGCAAGACUCUGGGUUCCUAGACAUUAAGCAUAAUAAAUAAUGUGUUAAUUCAUAAA